CAAAACCCACAACAGUAAAAUCAGUCUGUAUAUGCUGUAAAGCAUGCGUGUUACACUCACUGUGGAACUUAAACGAUUAAUCCUCUAGAUUGUGUAAAAAGGCUGUUUGAUCCUGGUUUCUCUGCCCCUCCUGUUGAUCAAAUGUCCACGCUGAUAAGACAGACAGAACCCGUAGUCCUUCUGCACAUGCUCAGUUUGGUGUGUAUUGCUAGAGAUUUUUUUUUUUUUCUUGGGAGAGUGCAUGCGAUCAGCACAGGGCCAAUCAGCACUGUCCAGACAGAGGUCAGGGGUUCUGCAUCCUCCUGGAGCAGAAAGAACGCUACUACUACUCCUACAAGCUUUAACCAACUGCUCUAACUGCUGAUAAGAAAAGGUAUUUAGCAGAUUAUAUUUACUAAUAUAAUUGCAUGUCCAUGUUCUGUGUACUGUGGGAGACCAGAUAUAGUGAAU